AUGCCCACACCCGGACUCGCCUACGCCGUACGGACGGCCUACGCCGACGCCUUCAGACUCGCCGUCGCCGACGGCCGCGCAAAGCCUCUGCUGAUACCCUUCUGCUUGCUGGCCCCGUUUGUCGUGCCCGCGCUGUGGCUGGCCGUCCCGCAUAAGCGUCGGACCUGGUUCUACCACACGAGGUGGCCGGCCAUGGCCGUGAUUAUCUGGUCCAACGUCUAUCACUUGGCAUACACGUCGAGCGCCAAUACGGCGUGUGCGUAUGCAGCUGGCCUGGCGUCGACGUGGGGCACCAUGCUGAGCAUGAACCUGCUCAUCUGGACGAGGCCGCAAUUUGACGCUGCCAGGGUGGUGCGGAGGGUCAAGAAGAAUGAGGCUGAUGACGGCCGGAUGAAAGUGGCCGGUGGUGGUGAGAUGCACACCGAAACGAGGUCAACUGGCCAUGGUGGAGGGCCUGAGACUGUGAAUGGAAGCGGAAAUGAGCUUCGAGCCCGGAAAAGGAUAUCAACCAACGGGGCUGGAAAAGACGAAACGCGGCAGGAUGAGUUUGAGUAUGUCUGGGAACCUUACCCUUCGGAUGGAGACUUCUUGGAGCGGCUGGCAUGGGCGACGGAUUUGAUACUUUGCUUCCGAUUUUCUGGUUGGAACUGGUCUGUCCCAACCAUUCCCCGGCCUCAAAUUCCUCUCCAAAUCUCCCACGGAGACCAAGUGGAUGUAGAUGCCAUCCCCAAAGUCAGCAGAAGCGGGUAUAAGCGCCCCUCAACCACCGGCGAAUUUGUCCGCGGACGCCUCGCCAAGAUCGUCUGCUUCUACUUCGUCCUGGACUUUUUAUCCGUGUACAUGAAGAAGGACCCUUACUUCAUUCUCGGACCCGAUCACUCAGGCCAUGUCGCCCUCCCACCGCAUCUACGUAACGUUCCCUCAUGGCUCCUCCUCGCGUACAGAGAAGCGUUUUCCCUCCUCGGGGUAUACGCCGCCAUCGAGGCUGUCUUCGGCCUGUCCGACCUAGUCCAGUACUGGCUCGCCAGCCGCUUCUACCCUUCCCGCGGCGCGCUGUGGCAGUUUGCCUCGACUUUUGGCUCCUUUGAGCAGGUCCUCGCGCGUGGCCUCGCCGGCUGGUGGGGAGGGUGGUGGCACCAGACUUUUCGAAUGCAGUUUGCCGCGCCGGCGACGUACCUCGUUCGAGAGGGCCACUUGAAAAGGGGCACGCAGCUGGCCGCCGUCGCAACCAUGCUUGCUUCGUUCCUGCAAUCGGGCUUGUUGCAUGCUUCGGGGAGCUUCACCUCUACGCCUAGGACGAAGCCCUGGAGGGCGCCGGCCUUCUUUUUCCUGCAGAUGGUGGGUAUUCUGCUGCAGCAGUGGACAGCGCGGCUUGUCAUGUUAUACAUGCCGCUGCGGCUGCCGCAGUUCGUGUCUCGGACAGUCAAUCUUUUCUUUACUUUGACGUGGUUGUUUUAUACGGCGCCGCUAUUCAUGGAUGACUGUUCGUCGACGGGGCUCUGGCUUGUUGAGCCGGUUCCAGCAUCUCCGCUUCUAUUUUUAGGAUUUGGUAACGAAGGGGAUCAUUGGUGGCGUUGGGAUCGGGAUCAUUUGCCCAGGCUGUAUCUUGGAGAAACGUGGUGGCAAAGCGGAAUAGCAUUAUAA